AUGCGAAGAGGGACUUACCAGCUGCUCAGAGCCCAAGGCAAUGCGUCCAAGUUUCCCCGGGACGACUCGGGGACUGGCGGAAGCGGCGGGGCCCCAAAGUGCGGGACUGCGAACUCGGUCGAUCCCUCCCACCCGGGCCUCCUAGGCGCGCCCAGGCUGGGGUCACCUAGGGCGCAGGCCAAGGGCGCCCUCGUGCGGCGGGAGAGGGCGCACGCUUUGGGCCUGGAGCUGCGGCAGGGGGCUGACCUACUGCUCCUGACAGCGCAGCUCAGUGGCCCAGCGUUGGUCCUGGUAUCCUGGGUGCCAGUGACCUUGGGAAGUGCAGCUGCGGGGAGCCCCAUCGCCUUCGUGGCGUCCCCCGGCAGCAGGGCAGAAGGCCGCCACACUGCGAUGAUCAGUGCUGUGCGGGCCAUGCUGUUCCUGGGCGCUGAACUCGCCUCCUCUAGGAAGCCCACCUGGCUGACCUCUGGCUCAGACCGCUUUCCUCACAGGGCACAGUGCCUGCUGCGGGACCCCACCGGCGUCCGGGCCCCGCCCCGCUCCACCCCGCCCCCACUCUCCAAUAAGACCCGCUCUGGCUGCUCCCGGGCUCAGAUCGGCAGCGCUGCAGGCAGCACUGGCUUGCGCAGUCCCCGCGCGCGCUGCGCACUCAGGCCCAACCUGCGCAGAUGGAGCCCCGGUCCCGGCGGCGGCGGAGCCGCCAGCUUGUGGGAGUUCCCGCGCCCGUACACACACACACACACACACUUCCUGCGCGACCCAGGCUCGGGGCGCGUGUACCGGCGCGGGAAGCUGAUCGGCAAGGGCGCCUUCAGCCGCUGCUACAAGCUCACAGACAUGUCCACCAGCGCCGUGUUCGCUCUUAAGGUGGUGCCGAGGGGCGGAGCGGGGCGGCUGCGCCUGCGCGGGAAGGUGGAGCGUGAGAUCGCCCUGCACAGCCGCCUGCGCCACCGCAACAUCGUGGCCUUCCACGCACACUUUGCUGACCGCGAUCACGUGUACAUGGUGCUGGAGUAUUGUAGCCGCCAGAUCUGCAACCCAUCUAACAAGUACCAGGUCCCUCUACAGUCCUUGGCUCAUGUGCUGAAAGUGCGGCGGACUCUGACAGAGCCUGAAGUGCGAUAUUACCUUCGGGGCCUGGUCAGCGGCCUGCGCUACCUGCACCAACAACGCAUCGUGCACAGGGACCUGAAACCCAGUAAUUUCUUCCUUAACAAGAACAUGGAGGUUAAGAUAGGUGACCUGGGGCUGGCUGCCCGUGUGGGGCCUGCUGGCCGCUGCCACAGGGUGCUCUGCGGGACUCCAAACUUCCAGGCACCCGAAGUGGUGUCCCGAAAUGGACACUCGUGCAAAUCUGACAUCUGGGCUCUGGGGUGCAUUAUGUACACGGUGCUGACAGGCACGCCACCCUUCGCUGCGGCACCCUUGUCAGAGAUGUACCAAAACAUCCGUGAUGGCCAUUACCUUGAGCCUACUCAGCUGUCGCCCAGCGCCCGCAGACUCAUUGCGCGGCUCCUGGCGCCAGACCCCGCCGAGCGGCCCAGCCUGGACCACUUACUGCAAGAUGACUUCUUCAGUCAGGGCUUCACCCCGGAGCGGCUGCCUCCGCAUUCCUGUCACAGCCCGCCUGUGUUUGCCUUUCCUGCACCGCUGGGCAGGUUGUUCCGGAAGGUGGGCCAGCUCCUGCUGACCCAGUGCCGGCCACCUUGUCCCUUUACCUCAAAAGAGGCCUCGGGCCCUGGAGAAGAGGGCACAGAACCAGACCACAUGGAGGCUGGCAACGAGGAAGGGGAUCCUCUCUGCACCAAGGGCAGAAUCCACAUCCUCACCCUUGGGACCCCGUGGACUGGCCUGGCAGGCCCAAAGGGGAGCUUGGCCCUGCAACUGGAGGUGGCAACCAGAAAGCUGUUCCUCUGCUUGGACGCAGGACCUGUGGCUGGACAGGACCCCCCAGGGGAGCAGCGGCCUGUUCUCUGGGCUCCCAAGUGGGUGGAUUACUCCCUCAAGUAUGGCUUCGGCUACCAGCUGUCGGAUGGGGGCAGUGGGGUGCUGUUUCGGGAUGGCUCCCACAUGGCCUUGCGCCCCCAAGGCGGCCAUGUCUCCUACCAACCUGACCAAGGGACUCAGUGGACCUUCACCCUGAGGGACGUCCCCAGCCCACUCCGUGCCAAGCUGGCUGUCCUGCGGCUCUUUGCUUGCUACAUGCAGCGGCGUCUGCGGGAGGAGGGGACUGUGCCCGUGUCUGCCACACCUGCCUCUCCUGAUGUCUCUCUGCUGAGCUUCAUUGCCGACUCCCAGGCCAUGGUCAUGCUGUUUAGCAAUGGGACAGUGCAGGUCAGCCUCAAAGCCUCCCAAACCCAGCUGGUGCUGAGUGGGGAGGACCAGGACCUCCUGCUCACCCUCCAGGAGACAGGGGGACCCGCUGUAGGCGUCUCCUACACACUCGAUGUCCUGCAGAGCCAUGGCUUCACCCUUGCGGUCCACCAUCACCUGCGCCACGGACUGCAUCUGCUACAGAGUAUCUGAGGAGCUGGAGGGUCUGAGCAGACCUCUGCGUGCUGGUUUGAAGACCUGGGAUCUGUCCAUGGAGGGUUGACACAACAGGGCCACUGAUGGGU